GAGCCCACCUCGCUCCUGUGGAGGGCAUGGGUCCCUCGGAUAGCAGACCUGCCAACGUUGAAACUAAGACCGCAGCGCAGCGCAAGAUCAGACGUCAGCGAGGACUGCCCUACACCAACAGGAAGCAGCAAGAGGUCGCUCCUCCGCAGUUCAAGUUCAUAACGUGCAAGUGUAACAACGAUUGCCACGAUCUUUCCCUUGAGAUGCGUCGGCAGGUUUUUGACAACUUUUGGCAACUAGGAAGCUGGAACGCUCAGUCUUCAUUUCUGCGGUCUACAAUGACGGAGGUUGAGGUCAAGGAUCACAGGGACACGCCGAACACUCGGCAACGCUCAACUGUUGUGAAAUAUUCGCUGAUGAACGGCAUGCGCGUGUGCAAGAAAGUCCUGGCCUCUUCUUUAGGCAUCAGUCCAAUGCGCUUGGAUUACAUUAGAGUGAAGAAAACCCUUGCGUCCGGCAUGAUAUCUCCGGAUAAAAGAGGGAAGAAGAACCCUGCCAACAAAACACAUCCAGAAGUUAUUUCAUCUAUUAAUGUCUUCCUAGAUAAAAUUCCAAAGUACUCAUCUCAGUACUCCAAUAAAAACAGGAGUUAUUUCCAUCCAGAACUAACUAAGAAGAAACUGCACGAAUUAUUCUGCAACGAGAACCCUGGUAAAACUGUGGGCUAUGGAACCUUUGCUAAAAUCUUCCGCGCAUAUGAAGUGCCCAUUUAUAAGCCUCUGAAGGACACGUGUGCCAAGUGUGAGCUUAUGAAUACCAAGGGAAAAUCUCUUCUUGCCAAGGAUGAGAGAGAUACUCUAGAGGAGGAAGACGCUAAACAUCAACAAAGCGCGGACGCUGCCAGGGCUGAACUAAAGAUGGCUGAGAGUGAAGCACGAGCUGACAGCGACGUGUUGACCAUAUCUUUUGCUACGCAUAAAACUCAGCCAAUACCACACAUCAACACCUCUGUUGCGUUUUACAAACGCAGGUUGUGGCUGUACAAUUUAGGCAUCAACAAUAGAAAAGACAACACCACAACCAUGUGCAUCUGGACAGAACCUGAAGGCAAACGAGGGAGCAACGAAGUGGCGUCGGCACUAACUGAAUUCUUGCACGCUGAGAAUGUCGGCAAAUACAGGCAUAUACGCUCUUUUUCUGACGGAUGCGAAGGCCUAAAUAAGAAUGAAACGAUGAUUUCGUUUUUCUUCCACAUUUGUAGAACAACUCUAGUGCAAAGCUGGACCCAUGUUUUUCUUGAGCCAGGCCACACUUACCUACCAAACGAUACGGACUUUGUAAAAAUUGAACGCAAGAAAAACGCGAGGCACGCUGUCUAUAACUUCGAACAAUGGCAUGAAUUAAUUAAUGAGUGUAAAUUUAAGGUAAUCCACAUGAAAGGCAAAUUCCUUGACGUUUCUCAACUGACUGCUAAUCAUGAAUUUAGGCAUACAGACACCCAAGGCAACAACUUCAGUUGGUCGGCUAUGAAGUGGCUGAGAGUAACGGAGGGAUCCAGCGUAAUGGAAUACAAAACAUCUUGCCGCCCAGAAGAGCCCGUUAAGAAAAUAGACUUCACGCGUUCUGGAGUUAUCUUUUAGGACGAACUGGAUUCCUUGUACCCUGAUCCACUUAAAAUCUCUCACGAGAAGUACGAGGACAUAAUGAGCCUGUCCGAUUACAUCCCGAACUGCUUUUCUGCUUAUUUCAAAGAUAUACCGCAUGAGGGAGAGCCUUCUCUUCAAUAUGAAGAGCUUCCUGAUGAAUUUUCUGUUUGUUCUUCCAAUUAAUGCGUGUUCUACAGACCUUUCGUCAACAUCU